AUGGCAAUUAAACCAAAGAGAAAAGCCCCAGAGGAGGAAGAGCCAGAAAAACCGGCUAAGGUAGUAGCUGGUAAGCAGCCCAGAAUGGGAGAUUUACCUAAUGUUGACUAUAACAUACCAUUAUUUCCCGAAUCAGAAUUGCACCAGGAUGAAUGGUCUAUUCCAAAAUUUAAUCUUUUCAUUAGUUUCACGAUAAAUUAUCUGCUUGAAUCGUACAAAUCGGUAUUCAAGGACUUUAUUAAACUUCCCAGUAGGAAGUUCCACCCCCAAUACUACUACAGGGUUCAGCAGCCGAUCUCCAUUAAUGAAAUCAAAUCUAGAGACUAUGAAUUCCCAGAUGGGCCACACACCUUUUUGCUUGAUGUGGAAUUGCUGGCGAAGAACUGUGCUUCCUAUAAUGAAAGUGGCAGUUUGAUCGUGAAAAAUUCUUUGCAAAUGGUUCAAUACAUUGAGUAUGAGGUCUUGAAGGCCAAAAACGUUACAAGAAAUUACCUAGUGUCUGAUGAUGUGAGGCCUCGGUUACUUAGCCAUUUGAACCGAGUGAUAGAUGCCACCGAUAGAGAGAUAGAAAUCGAAUAUGGUGCGACCAAGACAGACGCGGAUGAUACGAUGAAGAUCAGCGAACCGUUCAUGGAACUUGUCUCGAAGGAAGAACUGCCUGAUUACUAUGAGGUAAUUCACCGGCCGUGUGCGUUGUCGCUCGUUAAACAAAAUUUGGAGGUUGGUUAUUAUUCCAAGAUAUACGAUUUUAUCAUUGACACUCAAUCCGUCUUUCAGAACGCUUUAGUCUUCAACGACAGUAGCACUUUAAUAUAUCAAGAUGCUCAAAAACUGUUGAAUUACUUCAAUCAUCUGAUACAGGAUAAAUUCUUCCCUGAAUUACGAGAUGCUAGUGAGCGUGGAGAAAUCAAACUUGAAUAUGACAAGAUUGAAUAUGAACAAUAUCUAGCAGACGGUGGUAACGAUCAUACUGAAGAUGUGCAAGAAGAAGAUGAUGAAGCCGAUUAUGAUUUUAAUCAUUUUGAGGGAUUGGGCAAUGGUUACAACCGUUCCGUUUUGUCUGAAGAUUAUCUCUUAGGACCCAACAGAGCAGAAACUACAAACAAAAUUCAAAAAUUAUCGACGCCCAUUGAAGAACCUCCAAGAGUGCCCAAAUACAACAUUAUCACAUCCAUGCAAAGAGAGUUUAUCUCUGAAGAACAUACAAUGGAAAAGGUACCAUACCACCUGAUUGAUCAAGUUUGCAUUUUUUCAUCAAAAAGCCUUUACCGACAGGCGACCACACCUGUCGUGGGUGGGAAGCCAUCUUGUAACCAGAACUGGGUAGAGUACAUUUUCAAUGGUGAUCAACUAAGUCAAAAUGAGAACAUGUUUUCUCUUACAUUACAGCCCGUUCAAACGUUCUUGACGUUAACGGCCAAGGUAUCCGAUAGGAAGACGGAUGUUUCUCUCAGUUUGAAUAAAGAGGAUAUAAAAUCUCAAAGAGCAACUUCGAGCGGCCCAAAGCCAGAGAGUCCGCAAGAAAAGGUUGAGCAAGGAAAGGAUCUCAGUGAACCUGAAAAAUUUGACAUUCGCCUGAAUGAAGGUCUGAAUUACGCCGAAUUGAAAUGCCAAAACACAGCGAGUGAGAAGAGAGAAUUAAUGAGAUUUUGGAUCAACGUGCUACCGUGA